AUCCCCACAUCAGCAUGUAAGGAACAUCUGCAGAGGCCAGCAUUGCAGCAGACAGACACCAUUGCAGCAGGACGUGUGUGUGCAGCCAGCUGAGAGAGGGAGAGACAGGGAGCUCAGUCCUCUACCGGCCACCAUUAAAAGGAAUCAAGGUUGAAGAACAUCAAAGAUCAUGGCAGAUGCCAACUUCAAACAGGAGUUUUUGGAUGCCCACAACGCUUACCGUGAGAAACAUGGCGCCCCGGACCUGACCAUGAGUGCCAAGCUGUGUUCCUCUGCCCAGAAGUGGGCUGACCACCUGCUCACCACCAAGAACCUUCAGCACAGUAACACCAACUAUGGCGAGAACCUGUACUACUCCUGGUCCUCCGCCCAAAAGGAGCUGUCAGGGAACGAGGCAGUGGACACCUGGUACAAUGAGAUUAAAGACUACAAUUUCAGCAACCCUGGGUUCAGCUCCGCAACAGGGCACUUCACCCAAGUUGUGUGGAAUACGUCUGAAGAGGUGGGCGUGGGCCUUGCCACUGACGGGAACUACUUUUUCGUGGUGGGCCAGUACAACCCUGCGGGGAACAUGGCAGGCAGCUUUGAGGAAAAUGUCCAACCUCCAGUGGAAUAAACGGAACAGCCGUGCGUUUUACACCGGGAGCGCAGAGAGGCAGCAGAAUGGCCAUUUCCCAUAGAACGACGUGCUGCAGUCUCCAGAGACUACUGUUAUCUAGUCUGGGAACGCAGAGGCAGGACACGUGACCCGGCCUCUCUCUCUCUCUCUCUCUCUCUCUCUAAUCAAUUACAAAAUUCAUCCAAUCAAUCACAAUAAUAGGCUGUAGUUGAUCAUGAUUAAUCAUGUUUAAAAUGGUACUGGGCUGUUCGCUUGUAUUUUUUGGAAGAUGAAGUAAAUACAUGAGUGGUCUUGGAACAAAGAAAUGCAUGACAGACUGGUAAGAGGAAUCAUUUAUUUUAAAUAUAACAUCUUGGUUUUGGUAGUUGAAACCAUUUAGUUGCAUGGUUCCGAAUGUGUAAUAGCUAAUGUAAUUAUCAACUAUGCUUUUGGGAAACAUACCCCCACUCUACUUUUAUUUUUUAAUUUUCGUCAGAACUUAGCUCCUUCCAUUUUGGAACGAACAGAGAGCACGUAAGUUGGAUCAUUCAUGUGAAUUCUACAAGUGUUUUAUUGCAAAAGUUUAAUCUUUAUGUAAAAUAUCUAAUAAAUAAAGAAACCUAAUAAAUUUCAUCUUUCCUUGGAAAAACUGUCAACAGCACAUAUACGGAAAUAGAAAUAAAAGCAGAUGUCCCACAAAACCAC